AUGGUCUUAGCUGGAAGGCUAUUUAUAACCCUGGCUGUUUGUGCUAUAGAGAAAGUAAGAGAACAGUACAGAUAAAAGGGACUUGAUGCUGAGGAUAUUAGGUUCUCGUUUAUUGUGAAUUUUCCACCUGGGUUUAAGAUUGGUAAGUAUUAUAGGAUUGCGGUUUGGAAGUGGCAACGAGUUCCGUAUUGGUCGCCUUAUGAGGAUGUUUCCGGUUAUGAUUUGAGAUCGUUAAAAGCUCGGAAGAGAAUGGAAAAGAGGGCAGUAGCAACUAUUCAUGAGUUGCUCUCAUUGACCGUGGAGAAGAAGAUUUCUUUGGAGAGGAUUGCGCAUUUUAGGAUGGCAAUGAAUUUGCCUAAGAAGUUGAAGGAUUUUCUGCUACAGCAUCAGGGGAUAUUUUAUGUUUCGACAAGGGGUAACUAUGGAAAGCUUCAUACAGUGUUUCCUAGGGAGGCUUAUAGGAAAGGGGAGUUAAUUGAGCCAAAUGAUUUGUAUUUUGCGAGAAGGAAGUUGGGUGAGUUGGUUUUGCUUAGCUCUAGAAAGGCAAAGGUGGACAAGGAUCUGGUUAGCUAUUGGAGGGAUAGGAAAGUUGAUGACAUUGUGCGUGUUAGACCGGAAUAUAUGAAAAACAACUAUGAAGAUUUCAGGGACGAGGAUGAAAUUGAGCACGAAGAGAUAGGAAAACAUGGUUUCGAUUCAGAUCUACUUUCUGAUAACAUAGAUGAGAAUGAAGCUAUGGAUGAAAAGGAGGAUACCGUGUAA